AUGGGAAACAUUCACGUACUGCUCCUGGCUGCAUUGCUAUUCAAAGCUUCUCAUGCAGAUAUAUUGUACCAAUUCACUACCAACGGGCCAACGACUUUCUUAGGCUCAAAUAAUGGUAUCGGCUCAUGGUUUAGGGCAGAAAACUCCCAAGACUUUACCAACGGUCACUCUUGGUGUUCGUUUCCAUACAAGGACUAUUCUAUGGGGUUCGCUCCUGAUUUACAAGCAAUCACUGCCGGCAGUAAUGCUGUCUAUCCAGACUCUCUAUGGCCUAAAUACGGUGGACAAUACUGUGGACUAGAGGCUUGGGUCUAUAACCCAGCAAAUGGGCGCAAUAUCACAAUGUAUGUCAUUGACGGGUUCGCUCAUGAAUGGGUCAAGACUCCGGGAUCAAUUGAUCUCAUGCUUGGAGCUUACACGUCCCUUGCUGGAUACUAUCCUGGCAGUAAGAAUAAUGUCUUGAGUGGUGUCCAAUGGGGUUUCACUGGGAAACGAUCGCAAAAGUACUCGUUCGCUGGAGCUGGUGAUACUACGGACAAUCGCGUUGCCAAUGGAGGAUAUUGCAGUGCAAGUGUCGACUGCCAGUCGCUCUGUUGUACCUCUGCCGGCCAAUGCACAUCUGCUGGAUCGGGCUGUGUUGCUUCAACAUCUAACAAGUUUGUCGAAUCGUCCGCCACUGUUACUUUCCGCAACGGAGGUUUCGGUAACUGGGAAUUCUGCUCUCAGAGUUCACAAUGUGCAAACAAUUGCUGUGCCAAGCAAUAUUCGAAUGAUGGCAAAUACAAGGUUAGCUUCAGUGACGAACUGUAUUUAAUAUCAUGUGAACUCUAA